AUGAGCGACACCCACGGCAGCACCACGCUCGCGCACGAGAAGGAGAAGGAGAAGAAGCUCUCCCUCGCUGGGCCCGAGGACCCGCAGCCCGUGUUCCACUCGCGCCUCGCUGAGCUCGAGGAACCCUCCCGGCACGUCUACAACCACACGACCAAGAUUCCAGUGUAUCCGGAAACCUUUAAUGCGACGAUGAAGACGCGCAUCUCAAACUCGUUCUUCAUCGGGCAAAUUGUCGGCAUGCUCGUGUUCGGCGCGCUCAUCGACCGGAUCGGACGCAAGUUUGGCGUCGUGCUCACGACCUGCGCCCUGAUUGGGGGUAUCGUCAUCUCGUGCGCGGCACACGGCACGUCCGAGCUGGGCAUGUUCUGGAUGAUGCUCGUCGGCCGUGGUCUCGCCGGUGUGGGUGCCGGAGGCGAGUACCCCGUGUGCGGCACGUCCUCUAUCGAGGCGGCCGACGAGACCUCGACGGUGCGCAAGCACCGCGGCUUCCUUGUCGCGAGCGUUGGCGACUUUGCCAUCGACUUUGGCUUCGUCCUCGCGGGCAUUGUCGUCAUCAUCGUCCUCCAGUGUUACGGCUACGGCCUGCAUAGCACGGGCACGCACGGGUUCGAGGGCACGUGGCGUAUCUGUCUCGGCCUCGGGCUCAUCCCCCCUCUUGCAGUGUUCUGGGCCCGGCUCAAGAUGGUCAACUCGACCGCGUACCGCAACGCAGCGAUGAAGGGCAUGCUCGGCGUGCGCGUGUACUGGCUCGCGUUCAAGCGCUACUACCCGCGCAUCAUCGGCACCUGCCUCACGUGGUUCCUGUAUGACGCCGUGUCCUAUCCUUUCUCCCUGUUCAGCUCGCAGAUCAUGAGCCAGGUGAACCCCCAGAACAGCAUCGUGCAGAACAUCGGGUGGAGCACGCUCAUCAACGCCUUCCUCCUCCCCGGCUGCCUCAUUGGCGGAUACCUCAUGGACAAGAUUGGGCGGAAGCAGACCAUGGCCCUCGGAUUCGCGAUGCAGGGUAUCCUCGGCUUUGGGCUUGGCGGGGGCAUGGCGACGGUGCAAAAGUCCACAGCGGGGCUGAUCAUCUACUACGGCAUCUUUCUCGCCUGUGCCGAGGCGGGUCCCGGAGUAGCCACAAUCCUGAUCGGCGGAGAGGUCUUCCCGACCCCGCUGCGCGGACACAUGCUCGGUUUCUCUGCCGCGUGGGGCAAGGCCGGCGCCGCGAUCGGCACGCAGGUGUUUACCCCGAUCCAGAACGCCUUCCAUGACGAGUUCAAGGGGCAGCAGGUCGUCUUCCUCAUCGGCUCGGCGGUUUCCAUCGUCGGCGCCCUUGCGACCUGGUUCCUCAUCCCCGACAUGGACCUCGAGCUCGGCUCAGAGGACGAGAAGUGGAAGGCAUACCUGAAGGAACACGGCAUCGACACUUCGGGUAUCGGAGAGCCCCUCGAGGCUAGCGCGAGCAAGGCCGUCCGCAACGAGAUUGUCGAGAGCGGAGCGUACUAG